GUUCAUCGUGAAUGCGCCAUUUUUGAGUCUUAUGACAUUUAGAAGGUUUCCUGCGUGCAGUUUUCUGUAAGAAUCAUCAAUAACUACGAGGAUUCUUGCCUAAAAGGUCGAGAUCUAAUUAAAAAACAGGUUUUGAGUAGAUACUGAUGGAAAGUGAGAGGGAUGAAGAUUAUCCUAUUGGCGUACUUAUCGAAGAACUUCGUGGUGAAGAUUUGCACGUUCGCCUUCACAGCAUUCGAAAAAUCUCUACUAUCGCUUUAGCUCUUGGCCCAGAAAAGACUAGAUCCCAAUUGAUACCGUUUCUAACUGAGACAAUAUAUGAUGAGGAUGAAGUACUACUCACUUUGGCAGAACAAAUAGGAACUCUAGUGCCAUAUGUUGGCGGUCCUGAGUAUGCCCACUCACUUCUUCCUCCACUUGAGAGCCUCGCUGCAGUAAGUUACUUGUAACAUUCAUG